AUGACCUCUGUCAAGCUCUACCCCCCCUCAAAGCCGGCAGCCGCAGCAAGUAGCCCUCUCCCCCAGCUGCUCCAGACGCCGUCGGGCUUGGCCCUGCUCGAACUCCAGGGCUCAGUCAACCUGCCGUCGGACUCGGACGGCACGCCGCUGCAGGGUGUCGAGAUCGGGAAGCUCGACUUCCCCGACUACGUCGCGGGCGUCGGAGGUUCUGCCUGGAUGAAGCGCGUCCACCUCUACAUUGGCCAGCACCAGCGUCUGACGGGCGAGGUCAAGAAGCUGCCCAAGGCCUUAGCCGUGGUGCGCCGGCGGGAGAAUCAAUGGCGCGAGAGCUCGGACGGCCCCGUUCAGGAGCAGGGCGACAACCUCGAUGUGGUGGAGAUUAUCAAGUACAAACUGAUGUUUUCAAAUCGACCUGAGCCAGUCGGCACGGCAAACGCAACAUAA